ACAUCUCAAAGUUCGUCAGGUGUGAUCGUGACAGGAUCUCUGCUGCUGAUCUCGAACUGCUUCCUCCGACAGACAACAGCGGACACCAUCUCAAAGUUCAUCUGCUGUGAUUCAGGGGUUUCCAGAGGAUUUUCCUGUUACCAACGGCCGUGGAUCGUGAUAUGAACCUGAAAGUGUUGUGCCUGUCUCUCCUUCUUUUUAAAGCCUCAUGUUUCACUGAGUUUGAGAUUACUGUUCCCAGAGACACUGUCACUGGGUUUUACGGCGAGGCGCUGAUCCUCAGCUGCUCCUUCCCUGUGGACAGCUCAUGGGAUCUGAAAAGCACCGUUAUCACCUGGCAGCGUGGACUGGAUGUUGUUCACAGCUUCUACUACAGUCAGGACCAGCUCGACCGUCAGAACCGGCAUUUUGUCAACCGCACCAGUCUUUUCAUUCAGGAGAUGACAAGAGGAAACGCAUCACUCAGACUGGACAAAGUCACUGUUCAGGACGCCGGUGUGUACACCUGCUCCGUCAGCACAAACACUGGCAGCCAGAAGAAGAGCUUUGGAGUGAAAAUUGGAGCAUUCUACUCUGAACCUCGUCUGCAGUUCUCAGUGUUAACUGAUGGAGUGAAUCUUCUGGUGACUUCAGAUGGAGGUUACCCUUCUCCUACACUGCAGUGGCUGAUGGAGAACUCAGACAUCACUAACCAGACACAAACACGCCUCAUGCAGGACACACAGUCAGGACUUUAUGUUGUGUCUAGUUGGAUAAAUCUCACGAAUGUGUCAAAUUCUUCUUUGACGUUCUUACUGCACAACAAACCCCUGAGACAAGACAUCAGGAGAGACAUCCAGCUCUACUCCGAUAAGAAUAACAGUCAAGGACAGUCCACAUACAGAUGUCAUGGGUGCUUCCUAUUUAUCCCAGUUAUUCUUCUCCUGCUGCUGAUCGGGAUGAGUGUAUUGUUUGUGUUCAUUACAGGAAAAAGAAGAGAACAGACAAAACAAAAUGGCUUUACAGAAAUUAAAUCCAAUUUCUUAAUGGAAAAAGUUUAAUAAGCCCAUAAUGCUUAUGUUACAAUUAGAUAGAUUUUUAUAUUGUUUACAAUUAAAUACACAGGAUUUAGGACAACUUUGAUGGAAGGUUUUGAUCCACUUCAAAUGUUGUUGACUAAUGCAUUUAUAUAUUUAUUUGAUGUUAUUUACUAACCUUGGCAGCUUUUAACAAAUAGUACAAAUUUUAUUAGUUACAUGCACCGAUCCUUUACAUUACUGUACGUAACAUUUCAAACAAUCAUUCUAGUGCCAUAUAAAACAGAAUUGUAUUGUCUCUCCCAUCUGAACUAACCAGAGGCCAGUUGCAUAUAUAAAGCCAUGUUAUGACUGUCUUAAAAUGUAUGUUGACAAACUACCAGUUAGCCAAAGGGUAACCAGUCUUGCAUUUCAAUGCAGAUUAGAGCAGUAUACAUUUUAGAAACUGAUUUUAAAAAGUUAUGACCAGUAUAAGAAAAGAAAAUGGCAUUAUUCACUUUUUAAGACAAGUCUAAACAAUUUAUGCACAUGGCCCCUGGACUUUUUUUUGGUGCUAGUCUUCAGAGGCCCAGAAUUUUGUCACUCACAACAUUAUGUGCAGCAUUAUUUUCUGCUGUGCAAUAUUCAAUAUUGAGAUCAUUUAUUUUACCUGAUGGCAGGGGGAGGUUGCAGUCAAUUAAAAACGUUUUAACUAUUUUAAUGUUUUAACUAUUUAUUGUCAAAAAUGGAAUUUACAAAAUCAACAUUUUUUGACGGUUUUAUUUUUUUGUGUGUGAAACCUUUUUGUACUGUGCUGUAUAGAUAUUUCAAUUUGUAUGGACUGUGUAAAACCACUAAUGAUAUUUGUGAUUUUAAUAUUCCACAUGUUCUAUUCAGAACGGUCAUACUUGCAUCUGUGAUAGGUGGAUCUUAUUACAUUAAGAAAACACUGUAUCAAAAAAAAAUAAAGUCCAUACAUGCAAAGAA